AACCCCUUCGUAGAAAUGGUUCGUUCCAAUGAGCCAGUCGAUUUCGUCAACAGACAUCACUUCGCUGCACAUGACAUGUGACAAGGUUGUUAAACUUGGUAUUUUUUCGCCAGCAGGCCCGACUCAAAACAUGAAGGUGUUCAUACCACGCUGCUGCCUUAAUGCUGAUAGUGGUUGGCUGGUCGGCUGGCAAGAUGAAGACUUGAAGAUUGUCUGCAUCUUCUCAGUGUUACAUCCUACGUCCGGUUUGAAAAUAUCCGAUGCACGAAAUUUACUCCAGUCUGAAUCAGAGAGAGGAGCGUACAAGCUCGGAAUACUCGGCAAAUGGGUUAAUACUACGGAGAAUCCUGUUCAGGAGGUUCCAAGUAAUUCUGUAUCCAAUCUCUUACAAGAUUGUUGGGUUGAACUGAUAAAAGAUGAUACCGACAUACCCCAUGUGGACCCACAAGGCAACUGGAACAACCACGUGACUCAAAAUGACCCUCGAAUACUGAUCGUCUACGACCAAGCGCACAUUUUGAAGUCAGCCUUCCAAGUGGUUGACUUAAUUAACACUGCCAACCAAUCAGAUUUCGAUGUGGCAUUUUCAGCCCUAAGAUGUCACAGAUGUUUCUUUGAAGAGCAGUCAGGACUGCAACUGACACAUAGUAAGUCAGCCAACAACAAACGUGCCAGUGUGACAUCACGUAUUCUCGCACCAAUAUGGACUUUACUCUGUCUCAUACAACUCGCUGCAAGAACAAUUGUAAAAAUAUGCAGGAGCAGCUGUCUUUCCAGAAUUUAUCAGAAUGAAGUCUUCUGCUCAGUGGUGCAGUACCCUACAGUGGGAAGCCAGGUGGCGCUUCGGCUUGGACACCUCAGUACUGUCAUCAGGUAUGGAGAGACUAGUGUAGGCACGAAAGGGUCCAACCACAACAGCCAGCAUUACAGAGGACGUGUAUGUGACCUUGCCCUGUCCUUGGUGCUGGACGUCUUGCUGGGUGUUGCAGUCUUCCUCUUCCUCUCAAAGGGAAACUACACCAAGACACUGGCAACCAACCUCAUCCCUUUUGCAGAUUACGUAGCGUCAGAGUUACAAGCCCUGCUACACUGGCUGAUGGGUGCCCCUGCUGGUCUGAAACUCAACCGACCAUUGGACGAGUUCCUGGGACGUUUCUUCCUGUACCACAUCCAGCUUUGGAUAGGUUACCUGUACAUUCUACGACCCUACCUGGAGCUGAUCACCUGGUGUAUUGGUCUAUCAGGCUGUCUGGGCAUGUCUGUAUUGUUGGCCCUGGCAUCAGACACUCUGUCCAUGUUGACGUUUCAUAUCUACUGCUUCUAUGUAUAUGCAGCGAGGUUGUACAGGCUGCAGCUGUAUGGACUCGGGUCUCUCUGGAGGCUGUUCACGGGGAAAAAAUGGAACCCACUGAGACAGAGGGUGGACUCCUGUCAGUAUAAUGUAGAUCAGCUGUUCCUGGGAACCCUGCUGUUCACUAUCCUGCUGUUCCUGCUUCCCACAACAGCAUUGUACUAUGUGGUCUUUACAGCUUUCCGUAUGGCAGUGCUGAUUCUACAAGGAGUGUUGACGAAGGUGAUCACAACUAUCAGCAGCUUCCCUCUGUUCUCAGUCUUACUUCAGCUGUGCAAUGGUGAAAGCAUGGCAGGUGGGAUUACAUUCCAGGUGCUGCCCCAGGUGGAAGACAGACCUCUGUGCUUGUCUGUGCAGGUUGUUCCUGUUACCAUGGCAACAGUGCUUGAGAGACACAGUCUGCAGCAGACUGGGCAGGAGGAACUGACGUCCUGGAGCAUGCUGGGAAGGAAGCUGCUAACGGGAGAUCUCAUCUAUCCUUGGGGGGGAAACAAACCAUAAAGAGUGCCUCAUUCAGCAAAGGGCCAGCAUCGAUUGACAGUGAAUGAAAAGAACUCGCUAAGGACUGUAACUCAACUAGCAGCAGCCUCACAGUUUAGCUCCUGGUUCCAAUGAUUAAGGCAGUAAUUGGGAGACCCUGGUUCAAAAUCUCUUUUGGGGCUACACAGACUAAAUUGGUUAGGAGGUACAAGGGGGGUCUUGUGUUCGAGGAGGUGCCUCCACCACAUCAAAGGGAAAGGUCUAGAAACCCCUCCCUGUAAAAUACCCUGUACUGUUACUGAAACAGCAAGGAAAUGUGCUGUCCUGUGUGCCAUUAGGCACAACAAGGGUCAGGACAAAUAGCUUUUUCACAGAAAAGGGUGUACACAUCAGGAAAGACACCAGAACCUUAGUACAUUUGAAAACAAUCUGUAUUUUCUUUACUUCGUCUUGAGUACAUGUAUAAUUCAUCUAUAUUGUGCUAGCAGCCUAGGCCUACAUGUAUAUUUCUUGGAAAAGUUAUAUUAUUGCAUAUGUACAAGAAAACAUUUGCAAAACUCUUGACCUAGUGAGAAAAAGAUUCAACCUCUUCUCCAAUUUAUUUUGGUUCACCUCUCAUAAGAUGCAUACCUUUGCAAUUUACAUUUAUGUAUAUGCCUAGGAAGGAUUUUUCUCAUACUCUACCAAUAGCAAGUUAGAUUUAUAUGGAAUUAAAUUGCAUUUGUGAAUUAUCAAUGGCCUUGUGUCACAAGGCUGGGGUUGACCUUGAGCUUCUGGAAUUCUGACCGGACAGUAACCAGUAAGACCUUUUCCUACAUUCUCCUGUGAACUGUACAAGAGCAUGGGACAAGAACAUUAUGUUAAAGUUUGUAGUCUUAGGAUGGAAACAUCUUGAACAUUUUACAGAAAUGAUGAAAAGCGAUAUGGGUGCAAAACUUUCAAGAUUGACUUGUAGAAUAACCUGAAAAUAAACGUUCACUACUGUCCUUGAAAAAA